CAAAACACCCAGACCGGAACCGGAAGCGGCUCCGGUGUCGCCGCACCGGAAGCCGGAAGUGGCCGCCGAGAGCGACCCAUGGCGCAGCCCCCGGAUUUGGCCCCGCCCCCCUCGGAGUUGGCCCCGCCCCCUUCGGCGCGCCCCUCCCCUCACCCUGAGGAGGAGGAGGAGGAGGAGGAAGGAGGGGGGGGAGGGGCCUGGAGCCCCCCCGGGAGCGGAGGAGCCGCCUACUCUCCGGGCUCCCAGCACUGCCCCAGGUGCCUGAUCACCUUCCCCGACGCCGUUUUCGCCGCCCGCCACGCCAAGCGCCAGCACCCGCGCGAUUUCGCCCUGGGCCUGCGGGGGUCGCUCUUCGUCUGCUUCGUCUGCGCCCGCCCCUUCGGCUCCUCCCCGGCGCUGCUGCGCCACCAGCGCGGCCACGCCCACAGGGGGGCGGAGCACAGGGAGGCCGCGCCCACCGCCGCCGCCGCCGCCAGCAGGAAAGCCACGCCCCCAGCGCCGCUGGAGUGCCGGGAGUGUGGGCGGGGCUUCGCCCGGGAGGGGGCGUUGCACCGGCACUACAUCCGCCAUGCCAGGGGCGAGCUCUGAGAGGGGGCGGGGCUUGUGGGGAGAGGGGGCGGGGCUUGGCAGGGAAGGAAUAAAACGGAGGAACUGGGUUGUGA